UAACUUCUCUCUGACACUUUCAUUCAGAAUGCCAUCUGGAUAGAAAGACCCACGUCUCAAGCGGCGUCGCUGCGUUCAUUGUCGACGUGAGCAUGCAAAGACCUUGCUCAAUCUGCACGAAGCGAGCCCUCAACUGUGCCUUCUCCACGCCUACCUCCAACUUCAUCGUUUCCUAUCAGCACCGCCUAAUAUCCAGCGCCCUAGGUGCUUACCGGCCUACAAGUGAGUUGUCAUACGCCAGUUUCUUUUUCGACCUCGUGGGCUCUGCCACUUCGCCAUUCAUCCGGAUUUUCUCAUUCGAAGCCAUUGGGGACCUCUUCCGCGACGAUGAAUUAGUGCGCAGGGCUGUACCCCUCGUGGGUAAAGCCUAUCUAGCUCAAAGUGCUAGUUCGGUCAAAUCAAAAUCUCGCCUGAAACAUCACGCGUGGUCUACGCUUUCCGGCUUGCGAGCAAAGGUCCUGAAGUCACUCAAGUCCAGCUUAGAGCGGCAGUGUAGGACUGGAACUCUCAUCUCCGCCUCUUUGCUAGGACUCGCCGAGCUGCUGCUAGAUACCAGUGGAAGUAGCUGGUGCUCGCUGAUCUCCCAAGUUUUGUCGUCAUUGUCUCAAGCAGAUCGAAUGGGCCAGAAUUGGGGUCUUCGAAGGCGCUGGUCAAAGGGAGCAAGCUCACACCAACUCUCGUUUGCUUUUGCACUGUACAGUACCUAGCGGAUGCAUAAUCACGGCCGCGCUAGUCGCCCAGCACUUUCCUGCAAGGCAUCGGCCAUUCAUCCCAUGCAUGUUGUCUUGGCAACCCCUCUUUCAUGCACUUAUCUUAUCGAUUGUCACAGCUCAUAAGUGAGCUUGAUCUUGUGGAACAUUUU